AGCCAUGAAGUUCUCUUCAACUUUAAUCCCUCUUUCUCUUGUCUUUAUUGUUGUUUCUUCAGCUUCAUUAUGUGCUUCAGCAUCUCCCCAAAAAUAUCAAAACUUUCUUCAAUGUCUCUCAGAGCAUUCUUCAAAGAGUUAUCCCAUUUCAAAAGUGGUUUAUACUCCAAUCAACUCUUCUUAUUCUUCUGUUUUGGACUUCUCCAUUCGAAACCUCCUAUUCUCCAAGCCUGAAACCCCAAAGCCACUCCUUAUUAUCACUCCCUCACAUGUUUCUCACAUUCAAGCAGCCGUCAUAUGCUCCAAGUCUCAUGGCUUACAAAUCCGAACUCGUAGUGGUGGCCAUGACUUCGAGGGUCUUUCUUACGUUGCCUAUCGCCCAUUUAUAGUUGUUGACUUAAUAAAUCUCAGAUCUGUUAAGGUUGAGGUUGAAAACAACACUGCUUGGGUAGAGUCAGGUGCAACACUAGGUGAACUUUACUAUAGAAUUGGUGAGAAAAGUCGAACCUUGGCGUUUCCAGCGGGCGUUUGCCCGACGGUCGGAAUUGGUGGGCACUUCAGUGGCGGUGGAUAUGGAUUGAUGCUGAGGAAAUUUGGUCUUGCUGCUGACAAUGUCAUAGAUGCUUAUUUGGUUGAUGCUAAUGGGAAGGUUCUAGAUAAAGAAUCAAUGGGAGAGGAUUUGUUUUGGGCCAUUAGAGGCGGCGGCGGAGGGAGCUUCGGUAUUGUAGUGGCAUGGAAGAUCAAGCUGGUUCCGGUUCCGGAAACAGUGACCAUUUGCUCAACAGACAGAAAUUUGGAGGAAGAUGCAAUUAAGCUGAUCCAUCGUUGGCAAUAUGUGGGUAACAAAUUAGAUGAAAAUAUAUACCUUGGCAUCAUUUUGACUGGUGGUAAUGCUUCAACUCAAGCAGGCAUAACUAAUCCAACAGCUAGAUUCUUCUCAUUAUUUCUUGGAAGGGCAGAUGAACUUGUGACAACUUUAUCAACCAUUUUUCCUGAGUUAGGUUUAAUAAAACAAGAUUGUGUUGAAGCGAGUUGGGUUGAAUCAACCCUCAUUAUUCCCAUUGGGGUUCAACCGAUCGAGACCUUAGAACCUUUACUCAAUAGGACACUGACCACCCUCGAUAGCACAAAAAUCAAAUCCGACUACAUCACGGAACCUAUUCCUGUGGCUGCAAUCAAGGACAUAUGGCAAAGAUUAAAGACUCAAGAUAUAGAAACAUCUCAACUCGUAUUUGUUCCUUAUGGAGGGAGAAUGAGUCAAAUUUCUGAGUCAGAAACGCCGUUUUCACAUAGGGCAAGAUAUCUAUUCAAGAUUGGUUAUGUUGUAGGGUGGAAGGACCAAAGUUUGAAGGCAAAGAAAAGACACAUAAGUUGGUUACGAGAGGUUUAUGAGUAUAUGGCUCCUUUUGUUUCAAAAUCACCAAGGGCUGCAUAUACCAAUUAUAGAGAUCUUGAUAUCGGAAGUAACAACAAAUAUGGAAAAACAAGCUACAAACGAGCGAGCGUUUGGGGAUUGAAGUAUUUUGGAAACAAUUUUGAUAGAUUAGUAUAUGUUAAAACUAAGGUUGAUCCUUAUGAUUUUUUUAGGCAUGAACAAAGUAUACCCACCCUCUAAUCCACGUAAGACUCGGUAGAAAACCACUUAAAAUUAGUUUUCAAGCAUUUUCAAAUUAUAACCGUUAAAACCCUAUUGGUCAUGUAGCAAAAUAAUGAAGGGCUGUUUUGUGUAUACUUUAGAUGAAUACUGCUUUCUCAUUUCCUUUUAUGUAUGUGCCUCGUGAAUGAAAGUACUCUUGGAUCUAAUAUAGUCUUAUUUUGUUGGUUAUAUUUGCAUAAAACAUAGGGUCUAUUAACGA